UCUCAGGACCAUCAGUCAGGCUCUCUGUGUCUAGGAGCCUCCUAAUGCAGUCUUCUGCACAGUCCUGGGGACUGACUGACUGAAUCACACCUCUGGGGCUGGGGGCUGCUGACAUGUGUGCCUUUCCUUGGCUGCUUCUUCUCCUGCUGCUCCAGGAGGGCAGCCAAAGGAGACUCUGGAGAUGGUGUGGAUCCGAGGAAGUGGUUGCCAUCCUUCAGGAGUCCAUCAGCCUCCCCCUGGAAAUACCACCCAAUGAAGAGGUUGAGAACAUCAUCUGGUCCUCUCACAGUCUUGCCACUGUGGUGCCAGGGAAAGAGGGACAUCCAGCUACCAUCAUGGUGACCAAUCCACACUACCAGGGCCGAGUGAGCUUCCUGGACCCCAGCUAUUCCCUGCAUAUCAGCAAUCUGAGCUGGGAGGAUUUAGGGCUUUACCAAGCUCAAGUCAACCUGAGAACAUCCCAGAUCUCUACCAUGCAGCAGUACAAUCUACGUGUCUACCGACGGCUGUCAGAGCCCCAGAUCACUGUGAAUUUUGAGAGUUCUGGGGAAGGUGCCUGCAGUAUGUCCCUGGUGUGCUCUGUGGAGAAGGCAGGCAUGGAUAUGACCUACAGCUGGCUCUUCCGGGGGGACAGCGCUUAUACAUUCCAUGAAGGCCCUGUCCUCAGCACAUCCUGGAGGCCGGGGGACAGUGCCCUCUCCUACACCUGCAGAGCCAACAACCCCAUCAGCAACGUCAGUUCUCGCCCCAUCCCUGAUGGGCCCUUCUGUGCAGAUCCUAACUAUGCUUCUGAGAAGCCUUCAACAGCCUUCUGCCUCCUGGCCAAGGGAUUGCUUGUCUUCUUGCUCUUGGUAAUUCUGGCCAUGGGACUCUGGAUCAUCCGAGUCCAGAAAAGACACAAAAUGCCAAGGAUGAAGAAACUCAUGAGAAACAGAAUGAAAUUGAGGAAGGAGGCAAAGCCUGGCUCCAGCCCUGCCUGACUGCUCCUUGGGAACCCCAGUCCUGAGCUUGGUUUCUUCCCAGCACCCAGAGAAUCCUUCCUCAGCUCUCUUCUUUCCAGGGGAAGGAGGUGCUCAGGGGUGGGUAUCCAGAGAGCCAUACUUCUGAGGGAAGACUGGCUGGCAAUAAAGUCAAAUUAAGUGACCACAACUCUGCAGGAGCUGUGUUGGGUCCUUCCGUCCUCACUGGGUGGCUCUGGCAA